CCCAUUUCAUCUUAAAGCUUUCAUUACCAAACAUCUGAUGGUUAAUUUUAUUUUUUUAUAAAAAUUCACAGAGAUAAUUAAGACAAAAAAAUUGUGUCUGAUUUUGUUAUUCUUUCAUUUUUUUUGUAUAGUAUUUUCCAAGUAGUUCUGGUAGGAUGCAUAGCUUGAAGAAUUUUUCUGCUGUACUAACAUUAACAUCAAAAAGAGAUUUGUUGGGAUAGAUUGUCUCAGUACAUACUACUUUGGAGUUCAUACUACAAAAUGAGCAUACUUUGCACCAGACAUUGCUAGUUGGCAUUGUACUUGAAAAUAAUAGCUUGAGUGCAAAUGAAUGCAAAUAUACAUUCAUGCUUGAGUGCAAAUGAGUGGUGUAAAGGCACUAGCAUGGCAUCAUCUUUUUCUGCAUAUACAUUUAAUGAAAUUUCUCUGGAGCUAUAAGGACACUUGACCUCUAAAACACCUUCUCAACAACACUUGCAAGAUAUCAAGCCAUCUGGGGAAGCUCCUAAAAUGGCCAUUUAUUGUUUAAAAUUAACCCUGUCUUUAAGAAACUGGAAUUCUCUGUGUUCUGCUUGCAUAGCUUUUACAUAGGCAGCUACUGCAAUGCUCUCCAUUUCCAAACCCUAAGCUACAGCUUCAUUUGUAAAUAUGCACUCUGUUGGGUAACAUAUCUUUUUCAUCCGGCACUUGCUUGGGUUGUAGACAUCAGUACUGCAAGCUUGUUUGAAUCUUGAAACAGCGAUUGUGCCAGACCGGAGCCUAAACCAAAGCUUUGAUUUUGAUUGGCUUGCUGUCUCUUCCUGAAUUCUCUGUGGAUGGUUAUGUGACAAUACUGGUAGAACAACUUUAUCACCUUUUUUUAAUAAUGUCAAAAGAGAAACCUGUGUUUGAAGGAGAAUACAAUUCUGGUCGGUACAGGUUCUUGAUGGGUCCAAAAGGAACAAAACUUUCAUAAAAAGGUUUUUGUUUUUGACAAAAUUGCUGGUCUAGUACCACACAAACUAAUCUUAUUAAAAAAUUAUUUUUGCUUCUAUUCUGAUCAGUGUAGCAAGCAUUUUCCAUUUUCUUCUGGCCCAUGACUUUCUUCUUUACCUUUACUGCCCAAAUUGAAAUCUUGCAUCUUCCUAGUUGCUCCUUUAAAAUCUAUUUCUGCAACAGGUAAGUAAGGCACUGUUUUUACAGCUUUAGGCAGCACUCAUUUGCACUGUUCUUGGGUACAUGUUUUUUUUUGAACGAUUAAAUGCCUCUACGUAAAAUAGAAGUUAUGCAACAUAUGAGCAAGCUUCACCCAGACCAGCCAUACAUGUGCAAUGGGAGGUUUCUAUUUCCCCAUCUGCUUUCAAAAGAACCCAUUUAUAAAAUCAUUUUUAUAAGAAACUGGCUUUAAAAAAGGAGUACUAGAGAGUCAGAAAAAUAAAGAAACUUCAGUACUUGAAGCAGAAAAAUUAAGAAGAUGUUAAAUCAUGAUAAAAAUGAGAAGGAGAAAAAAAUUUGUAAAAUCCAAGAACAUGAUUGCCCUGUUGGCCUAGAACAUAAGACAAAGCAUAAAUAUAUACUUCCCGCAUCUAAAUACAGUAUGAGAACGGAAGUGAAUCUCUUGACGUACUAAAAAAGGGCACAAACAUUUCGUAACAUAACAUAAUUUCAUAAUAGUAGAAACAUCGACAAGUCUAAUUUUUUUUUGAAAAUCCCUCCAUCUUCUGUAUUAUUUCCUAACAUUCAACUAAAUUUCUGCCAUAAAAACUUAAAAAUUAAAUAUAAGGAACCCAAAUCUAAAAUUUACGACAUCAUAAUCAAGAAACUCUUCAGAAACAACGAGUAUUGAAAUUUCCAGAACAUUAAGAAACUGGAGUACUCAACAUUGACCUUUGUUUCUUUUGAAAACUGAGUGUAUACAUAUAUACUCAGUGCCUAUAUCUAUAGUAUAUUCAGGGUACAAUUCAUACGGGGGUCUUCAGAUCAUUACUGUAAGUACUUUCUAAUUCAAAGGUACAAUGGAAGAAAUGCGAUCUGCAAGAGACCACGCAACAAUUUACGCUUACUCGGAAUAUUUUUUCACCAAGGUAGGGUAAGGCAUAUUUUAUUAAUUGUUUCGGAAGUAAAUUAUGUUUUAUAUAGUUUUUAGUAAACAAAGAAGAUGCAUUUUGGACUUUAGAUAUUUUUUAUUAUUGUAAAGGAUAUAAAUCUGUGGCUACUUGGUACCAAAAAUUAAUAAAUGGAUUGACACUAAAUCGCUGGCUUCACAUGGAUUCAGAAAGGUAAUCUUCCACCAUUUCUCAGUUUGUUGGACCGUACAUUGCCUUGAACUUCGCUUUGGCCCUCUGCCAUAUUGCCUCUACUCUGUUUGUAGUUACCACUGUUAAGGGGGCAAGGAAAUUCAAGGUUAACGGUGUUGUGUGCAAACCAAAGCUGUGGCAGGUCCGAUAUGCUGCCCACAUAUCCGUCCAUAUCGUUUAGUUGGGCUCCACCCAUUGCUGGAUGAUCGGCAGUAAUGUAGCUUGGUCCCUUGCAGGGACCGGUACCAGGAACCCUUAAUUCGUCUCUGCUUUAUACCUGCCCAGUAUCCACUGCUCUCUCCCAAGGUGGCCACCCUCGUACUUUCGUCGCUCAAACAGACUUGUUGAUUUCAACAAUUGUCCAUUUCCCCCUAGACGAUCUGGGUGGUUAACAAAAUGCUGGACAGCCACAUCUUGACAAAACAGAUUCCAGUCACUUAUUUUCAGCUCGCUUAUUUUCACUGCAACACAGACAGCCCCCUCGGGCAGCCCACACUUGUAGCCCACAGGUAUGUCAAGCCGACAACCUGCAACAGCUUUAAAUGCGAGCGCUUGAAAAAGCUGCAUUUUCAAACGUUUAUCUUUUUCUACAUUUUGGACAUCUCCAUCAUAGUCAGCUAAUGUACAUGACAUCAUACAUCUUUGAAACUGAGGACUAAGUGCAAUGACGGAACUCGCCUGUGGUUUGCUGUGGCAUUAACAGGGCCCAUGUAUCCCUACAGAACAGUUAAGUGUUUUAGGCAAAUGUAUGAAAAUGACCGCAGGAGAUCAUUCAGUAGUUUGUUUAAUCUACAGGGACGUGUAUGUCAGGGGAACUUCGUUUCGGGGAAUUUUCUUCUAAAGCUGGAAUUUCGCUUUUUCUUCAAGAGUUUCAAUUCAUAGCACACACAAACAGAGAAACACGAAAAAAGUGACUAUUCUACUCUAAAGCUUUAAAUAUGCCCUGUUUUGAAGCACUUUCUUACAGUUGAAUCUAAAGAACUUGUCUUGAUGCGUGUGCAGCUAAAAAAACUCUCUCUUACGUUUUCGCCUGAGUCAGAGUAUCUGCCAUUGAUAAUUAUGUAUGUAGCCUUUGCUAUAAUUUCAGGUAACUAGUUUUUCUGCAUAAGAACAUUAUCAAGCAUUUAAAAGAGAGUUCCCUGACAAAAUUUGGUGUAAUCAAGCCUAAAGUCGCUUUUAAAAGCAUUGUGUCAGUCUUCAUUUUCCAUAGUUUAGUGUUCAGAACAUUGAUUGACAGAGUUAUUGGCAGUUGACAUAGGAAUUGAAUUUCAUGCUGCUUGCAAUGAAGUCUUUCAUCAAAUGGUUGGAAUGCGAUAAGAUCAUACUACCACUUACGCACAAGGUUGCCAUAGUUUGUAUGACGUCGUGUACGUAAGCUGACUAUGAUCUAGUGCUGACCCCAUCAAUGCUGCGUCUGUACAGACCUUCUCAUACAUCGCACUCUUGUUCUGUGGAAAAGCAGCCCAUGUUGCCUGCACCAUGCAAUUGUAGCCUUGUCAUUGUCUUCAAAUCGACGCCCAAUUGCCAUCAAGUUGAAAGACUUGAAUUCUUGCAUUGUUGGCAGUCAUGGAACCUCAGCUUGAGCCAUCAUGAUGUAAAAGCACUGAAGUAUACUUGCAAUGCACUUUAUAUAGUUAGGUGUCUCUAUGAGUGGUCUCCAAUCUAAGGAACACAUUUAAUGACAUGGAGUGAUGCCAAGGACGGUGGUGACUAACAUUUACUGUAUGUUUCAUUCAAAUGAAUUGAAACUGGGCUUAUAAGGAAGUUUGACUUAAUUGCUGACAUACUUUUCUAUCAUAGUAUGUGUGGUACCAUACUAAUAAAUCUUACAUUGGCAGUGUUAAUAAAAUUUCAGAUAUACCUCCAUCCGAUCUUCAAUGGUUUAACUUACUUUUUCCGGGUAAAAUACGAUAAAUCUAGACAACACAGUAAGAUUAUAAGGUAGACACUCUUUAACAGGUUCGCCAAUGGCGAGAUUGUGCUUAAAGUAAUAUAAUGAAUGAAUAAACGUAUUUUGAGCUUCGCCAACUUCCGCCACCCUCCUCUUCGCCCUCUCGUGUAAAUCACCACUGUAUUUAGGCACAUGAAAACCCCAUGCAAUGUUCCAAGCAGUCCAGAGGACACCCGAUAGAACAUUUCUUCAACUUUCCAUUUUCAAAAUUGAUUUAUCAUAUAAAAGUUGCCUCACUAUAAUCCUAAGGAGUUGAGAUUGCGCAAGCUAAUCGUGGAGGCGUGCCAAUUUUGAGCUUCAUGGCUGCAGCUUUGGAAUAUUUUUUGAAAAUCACUCUAAACUGUAGGCGUGAAUACUUUUCCAACAAGAUAUAAGCUGGUAAUCAGCUUAUUUACGAUAUUGAAUGAAAAUGAAAAAGGGGUUAGUAAGGGAAGUUGCACAAUAACCCCCAAAUAUGUUUGAUACUUGGGAGGGAAUGGACAGGAAAAUCCUUUUUUUCCCACUAAAAGCCGAUGCAUCAGUCCAAACAUCAAAACCCAAAUGAUGUCUUCUUCCAAAUGUCUUGACCUAAAUCUCUAAAACAGUGCCUGCUGCAAUCUGCUCCCUAGAAACGAUAUUGUCUCUAAGCCAUAGCACGUAGUGCGCGUUUGUGGCAGUAGUAGAUUGUUGCAGCUUCUCAAUCCAUACUCACUGUGUUUUUCAAUAAAUAUAUCCUUCAUGAAAAUAGGAUCGAGCUCCCAUUUUGUUUUAUAAAUUUCAAUCAUCAACACUUGUAAAUUCCUGAUGUGGAUUGGGACCGCAUUGUCUCUGUGUAACAUUGUGCUAAAAUCUCAUUUCAUAUCUUUGUAAGUUGUCAAGAAAGUGAGAGGUUCUCGAGAGAGCAUGUAGCUUUUGCCCAGCCUUUCUGCAAAUGGACCUAAGUUGCUUUUUAAAGCAUAUGAAAUUUCUAGCUAGUUUAAUUUAAUCCUUUUAGUUUGUAUAUUUCCUUACGCACAGGAUCCUAAUGAUAACAGUAUGCUUGUCAUACUGAUAGGUUAUUCCUGUAUAAACAUUCGUGUAUUAUUAUUAUUAUUAUUUUUUUUAUUAUUUUAUGAAUGUUUUGUCCAGAAUCACUCCAAGCAGCUUUUCUUCCGUGCUCUCUUUUGUCCUGACACUUCCGAUAUUCAAUGAAAAAUCAUUACUUUUAUUCCCAAAGUCCAUUAGUUGGCAUUUGUUCUCAUUCAACUUCAUACAGAAACCAUUCUGCAAUUUUAAGGGCAUCACUCACUAAUGUUUUGUUGUCACAAGCAUAGAUAGCUGAAAGACUAGGAAAACCAGCCGCAUUGCCCAUAAAUUAGAAGAACAGAUAGAAGAAAAACACAAGGAAGCGUGGCACAAGAUACCAUAACCAAUAAGAAAUAACAACAAUUUCAUGCGAAUAAGUUAUAGCUUGAAGGCCCCUGUGAAAUUAACUCUGACGAAAUUUCAUUUUAUCAUCACAACAAAAUUCGACUGACUUCUUAGGUGUGCAAGGAAACAUGGGCCGCAUUUAAUGCACACAAUCUAAUGAAUCACUCCCAAGAAAGGUGUAUGACAUUUAUAAAUUUUGAAAAAAUCUCAUGCUGAGGCAGAAGAUUUUGGUAUUUUUUAGUAGAUGUUGUUUUUCUUUAAAAUCUGGCAUUUCAUUGUUAAAAGCAAGAUCAUAAAUACUUGGUCUUUUAAAUGAAAAUGCUGAGUUUCAGGAAGUUGAUUAUGAUAACAAUAAUCUUCAGAUGACUGUUUGUUACCGAACAGUGCACUGUAAAAAGUUUGUUCUUCAUGCAAUCGGUUCUUUUGGACGUGUGCGCCAAACAAAAACGAAUUUCUAGCAAGGGCAAAACUUCUGCUUUGAAGUGGUUGCCGUCAUAAUUUGAUUAAGCCCACCCCCCCUCCCAGGGACCUAAAUCUAUUUUUAGAACUUCUUAAUUUAGAACGGCAAAAAUACCUCUCAAUAUGCAAAAUUAUGUUCAAAAUUGGCAAAUUUGGCCAAUCUGCAAACCGAUUACUGUUAGUCUGGCCUGGUUCAUAAAGUUAUGAACCAAGACCAAAUUGGAGAGGUUUGACUGAGAAGAUCCUGUGCUGAUGUGGCCAUGUCUAAUGGCAUGAAUUGUCAUGUCACAUUCAACUGAUUAUGUACAUUAAGAGGUAUUUCAUAAUGCUUAUUUACAGUGGUUAUUUUAAGUGGGGUCUUAUUUAAAGUUUUUGCUUGAAAGGGAGGGGUUUCAGUUAGGUUACUGGUCCAAAAACUAGAAAUUUUGUCUUUGAGGCUUUCAAAAUUGCUGGCACAAGGUUAUCAGGUAUGCUGAUUUUAAAUAUGAUACUGAAAUUUUAAUCAAAUAAAUGGUUUCUAUGGCAACAAAGAAAGAAAAGGUAAAAACAUGCUUUGUUUCGUGUAGUAAAAAAUUUCAAUGAAAAAGAGUCAAUGUAAAGCAUCUUAUCAUACAUAAAGUAGCUCCCUGAAUGUGUGAGAGUGCACUUUGGACAUUUUUUUCACUUUUAAACUCACAAAAAUUGUUGCCCUUUUAAUCAAAAUUUUCGCUUUUAAUCAAAAAAAUCUACAAGCUGAUAUGUUGUAGGUUUGUUCAAGGCCAUGCAAAAUUUUAUAGGCACAGUGCAUGGGAAAAUUUAAGGUCUAAAGUGCACUGUCCAUACCAUAACCAAUCUUUUGAUGUAUAGACAUCAAUCAUUUGCACUCCACUGAAAAAAAUUUGCGUGCACUAAGUAUCGUGAGCAGUGGAAAAAUUGCUUCUGAGGAAAAAUGUGUUUGAAAGUUUUUGAUGUGUUUGUUCGCAAAAAAGAUAGAUAUAUUACUUAAUAAGGGACAUAUUUUCGUUUAAUUCAUUUGUCUCUCUUUAAUCAACAGUCAAAUCCACAGGCAGACUAUGUUUCUACUUCAAGAUAUUUUUUUCUUUGGUCUUUUGAUUGCAUCUUGUAUUUUAAAAUCUUUCUUCUAUUUUUUGCAACUCAAGAAGCUGCUUUUUAUAUUCUCUUGCAGUCCUUUGCCACUGCUGACUUCACCAAAUUCCCUUCUGGACUCAUGUUGAGGGUUUUGCAUAGUGCAACACGAAAUCUUGCCCACAUACUUAACUUGGCUGAUGUUGAUAUCAAAAGAUGAAUUUGGAGAACUGGAGCCUCCAACACCUUCACAUAGGCCCAAAAGAGAAAACAAAGUCUACAUGAGAAUUCUGGAAGAAAUGAGCUUUCAUUUCAUAUAUAGUCAACCUAUGAUCCGUAGAAGUAGGCCUCCUUCCUCUUAUGAUAAACUUUUGUGAAAUAGCAUUUCAAAAUCAGCUGUUUUAGAUGCUUUUCAACAUAUGUACCUUCCUUAAUUUCGCUAAAUUCAAGACUAUAGAUCAAUAUUUAAGAAAAAGAACCGAUGGAAACUGUUCUUAGAAGGCUGUAGAAGCAAAAACAACAAAAAUCUCAAAUUCACUUUUUUGCUCCAAAAUAAACAUAUUUGGGGCAGUGACCUACCUUAACAGGAAAAGAGGGCUUAGUAGAGCUUUUACGGUAACUUGGAACAGUAAUAUCACUUUUCCAAAUUGUUCCUUUAAAAAACAUUCCAAAACCAAACAUUCUAUCCGUUUUGUUUGUUUUGUAAUAUUUCACUUUUCGUUUCGUUUUGUUUCGUUUUGCCAAAUGUUAUCAGUUCAGUUCAUAUAAUUUUAAAUUCCAGUACAUACAAAUUUUGUCAAAACAUUGAAUACACUAUAGGCUACAAGUUACAAUACAAGUUUAAAGACUAAACAUAUCUACAGAAAAAUUAGAAAAUUUGCAUGAAGAGGAAUUUUUUAAGGAGGAGGUCUCUCAGUAGCAAAGCUAAUUGAGGAGAGGCCACCCCCUUAUAGAAAAAUUUUAAUUGAUGAAUAUAACUUAGAAACAUUUUGAGGAAAAUAUUGACGAUUGUUAUCUAUAAUCUGCUACCAUGAUUAUUUUCAAAAAGAAAGGCUUUGAGUCUCUGACGAAAGAUAUGAACAGAUGGUGACCGUUUUACAUCUAAAGGAAUUUCAUUCCAGCACUUUGAUCCACGGUGAUGUAUAGAUCUGAGACCAUAUUGAUUGGUUAUAUAUUGUCCUUACGAGCCUGUCGUGUACCAUAUUGAUGAAUGGACGCCACAGAUUUAAACAAGUUGUGGAAACAAGUAGGGGAGAUUUUAUUGACAGAUUCAUACACAAAAGUCAGAAGUUGAAAGAGAUCAUGCAGUUUUAAUAUUUUCAAACCAGAGAAGAUAGGAGUUGAGUGCAAAGUAAAGUUCUCGAAUGCAAUUGCCCUUAUAACCCGUUUCUGUAAUAGGAAUACUGGAUUUGUAUAAGUUUCAUAUGUAAGACCCCAAACUAAAAUUCCCUAUUGAUUAAAAGGUGAAAAUAAAGAAUUGUAAAGACAUAUCAAAACAUUUAUUGGUAAGUGUCUUACUUUGAAGAACAUGCCACAAAUUCUUGCCAGUUUUUUAGAAAGCUGAGUCAAAUGAUAUUUCCAAGAAAGAUUUUCAUCUAAGGGGACUCCAAGAAAUAUAGCAUAGCAAAUAUUUUUGAUAGGAAAAGUUCCAAUUUUUAUAUUGAUUAUUUGCGAGGAGGGGUUCUGAAUAGACUUGAAGGUAAUAAAAAUGUUCUUAUCAAUAUUUAAUGAUAAAUUGUUAACAUCAAUCCAAACUUUAACUUUUUUGGAUUCAAUAUUAACUGUUCUUUGAAGCAAAUCAAGAUUAUCAGCUUUACUGUAGAUAUUGGUAUCAUCUGCAAAUAAGUAGAAGGCUAGGUUUGAGGAUCAGUAUGGCAAAUCAAUAAUGUAAAUUAGGAAAAGGAGAGGACCAAGGACUGAGCCCUGUGAAACUCCACAAGUCACACAAUAACUUGAGUUUGAUCCAUAUUGAUACAUAUUGUUUUCUUUCUGUGAGAUAAGGCUUGAACCAGUCUAAGAUGGUUCCUCGAAUUCCAUAAAGUUCAAGCUUUGUCAGAAGAAUUUCAUGAUUUACUGUACCACAACCGACUUUCUUAUUAUCUAAUGAGUUCUUGUGGCUUCUGUUAAACUACCCAGGACAUGGUUAAUUGAAUUACUAGUGCGAAAUCCAAAUUGUAAAGCAUAAAGUAUUUCCUGUUUUUCUAGAAAUUUAUAAAGACAUUUAUACCUGACUUUUUCUAUGAUUUUGCUGAAGAUAGAAAGAAGAGAAAUAGGUCUAUAGUUGGAUGCUUUUAGUGAACAACCUUUCUUAAACAAUGGAAUUACUUUGGCAAACUUCAUUUUGUCUUGGAAUACCCCAGAUUGAAAUUAUUCAUUUAUGAUGUGAAAAAGAUCUGAAGAUACAAGUGGGGAAAGGGUUUUUAAGAUUUUCAUAGGAAUGCUGUUUGGUCCUAGAGAUUUUCCAGUUUUAAGAAGAGAGAUUAUCUCAGAUAUUUCACAAGGAACAGAAGGUGCAGUAAAAAAUGAAUUUCCAAUUCUGUCUCCAAUGAAGUUCACAGGUGAAUUAUUGGAUCUUGGUAUAGUUUUUAGUGAUAUUAUAAGACACAUUUACAAAAAAUUAUUGAAAAUAUUGGCAACAACCAUCGGAUCUGAUGAAAUAUUACCAUUUGAGUCCUUAAGUUUAUUUAUAAUAUGAAUAUUACUUGAUUGUCUAAUAUUUAUAACUGAUUUAAUGCCGGACCAUAAUUGUUUCAUGUUAUUACUGUUCUUAUGAAAAUAAUUGUAAAAGUAGCUGUUUUUACUUUCUUGCGAGGAAUCUGAAACUCGAUUUCUAAACCAUUUAUCCAUGGCUUGUUUCUAAAGUUAAUUUCUCUCUUUGUUAGCUUUUUCAAAGGAGCACGAGUUUCAACUAGUUCAUCAAGAAUGGAUAGAAAUCUGUUGAACUAAGCAUUCAUGUCCAAGCAACUGUGAUUUAAAAAUGCUUAAUCAAGGUUUUCAAAAUCAUUUAGAAGAUUUCCUUCAUUAAACUUAGAAAAGUGAUGUUGGUAAUAUGACAAAUUUUUGUAGGAUAUGCCUGCAUGCUUGACAAUCAGAAAUUGAGGAAAAUGAUCCGUUAUAUGUACCAAGAUGUUGCCACUUAUUGUCUCAUUGUCAGAUAUGUUAGAAAAGAUAUUGUCAAUAAGGGUAGAAGAAUUCUCGGAUACCCGAGAUGGGUGAACAAUAAAUGGAAGAAAUUGGUUUGAGAAAAGGAAGUUAACAUGAAUGGUAGUUGGUGUGUGAGAGUUAUAUUUCAGAAGAUUGACAUUGAAGUUACCAAGGUUUCGAUACAAACAAAAGAACAGAUAAUUUUUACCAUUUUUAUUUUCAACUUCAACCCAAACUCCCUCAAAAUUAGUACUGUCCAUACCUAAAUCAGACUUCACAUAAAGCGCAACACCACCAUUUUGACUAUGUGACUGGCAUGGAAAGUAACUAAAUCCAGGAAUUUCAACAUUCAUUUUUAUGUGAUUUGUAAAAGAAUUCCAAGUUUCAGACACGCCAAUGACAUAAAAGUUAAUGUUCAAGGAAGCAAGAGUUGAAACAAGCUCAUUUAAGUAAAGUGAAAAACUUCUAACAUUCAUAUGAAAUAGAGCAAAAUCGAUUUUGAAGUGCUAAGACUAGAUAGUUCUUGAAGAGUUUUAUAACUUGAGUUGAUAUUAGAAGGUAGAUGCUCAUUAAUAUCGUAAUCAUACAGGCUAGGCAAGUUUGAGAGACCAGAGGUUAUUUAAAAUGAUGGCAUCGAGUCAACAAAUGAAGGAAAAUCAAAAUCAUAUAGAUUGAUAAGUUCAUCAUUAUCCAGUUGACCAAAGGGAAACAUGAUUUUAGUACAUUAUAAGCAAAACCAAGACACAUCAUCAGGUUCUUUUUGCAGUUCUUUAUAUUCAGAACUAGAAAUUGCAUUGCAUUUUAUAUGAACCCAGAAUUUGCAGUGAUUACAGUAAACAUAUUUAGCUUGAGCAAGUAUAUCUUUGUGACAAAUGCCACAAGGAAAGGUAUCAGUUAUAACCAUUACAUCCUAAAAUGAACUUGAAUAGCUUCAGAUAGCAAAUCAACUAAAUUACCACUGAAGUAGGCAAGUGAAAAGACAACACAGAAACACAAAUUCAUAAUGUCUUACUCAUUACUUUCAAGAAGGGUUCAAGGAAGGUUGACAGAAACCUCACCAUCAUCAUCAGCAUCAUCAGCAUCAUCAGGCCUGGCAUUGGUGGCUGCAAAUUUCCAGUCUGGUGGCUUGUCUUUCACAAUCAGUCUGUCCUUUAUUAAAUAUGCUAACUUACCCUGCUUUCUCAUCUUUUGCAACAUAGGGAUUUGUGCUUGUCUUCUAGCCAAGGUGUUAGCAGAGUAGUCAUUAUAGAACAAUAUACCAUCAGGCUUUUCUUCCUUGCUUUCAUUACUAUCAUCUUCUUCUGUUUCCAGUGUGUAAGUUUAGCAACAAUAUGCCUGGGUUUAUUCUCGUCAUGCCCUGAUGAGACAGGUUUAUGGUUCACUCUGUGGCAUCUUUCAAUUUGAAUUACUUCUUGAAUGCCAAGUUUUUUCCUUACCAAAUCUUUGACAGUGCGCUUGGUAUCAUCCCAGGUCUUCUCUACUUGAUUCUGGAAUCAAUCUAAGAUUGUUAUGUCUACUCUGAUUCUCUGCACACUCUUGUUUAUCCUCCAAGUCUUCAAUCAACCAUCCUCCCCUCAGUCAUACUGAGUCUGAUUUCAAUGCCUUGUAACUGGCUCUGUUUUUCUUCGCAUUUCACUUGAGAAUAUUCAAGACUGGCCCUCACUUCGGCUACAUCUUUUUGAAUUAAUCUCAUUUCCUGUUUCAUAUCACCAAACGUAAGUUUGAAUGCGAUAGUAUAAGCAGAAGACUGUGUAUGCAAAAGUUCGCGAAUCCUGUAAGAGUCAUCAAUUGGAAAUUUAGGCCUGUUAGGCCAUGUACGUGCUGAAACGUCCCGAAUAAAAACUGACGAUAAUUAUGAAACUGAACUGAUUUCAAUUUGAAAAACAUUUGUAUUGUUCCAGAAAUAGCAGAAUGGGGCUUAAUAAUAGAACAUAGAGCAGUAGUUGAUGAAGAAGGCACAUCUAUUCAUUGCCAUGAGCCUUUUCAAAGAUCAAACCGACUAGAUUUUCUAUUGAAAUUGAAAGGUUGCAUUCUGUAAACUUUGUCAAAUUUUUUAAAUAGUGAAAAUCUAUUUGGUGCAGCAUGUCCGUUUUGCUUGUCUUGUAAAUUUUUACUGGAAUAUUAAAAAUGUCCGUUUUGAUCAAAUUUAGUAUUUAAGCAUUUUUCACAAAUCAAGAUUUUUUAAAUGUAAAUAAUUGUAUAUUUUAAAGUUGAAAAAAAGAUCCCUUACAUUUUCGUUAUCUGAGUAUGCCUUCAUUUUGUUUCAUUAAAGGGAAUUGAAGCAUAUUUAAGUGGCUCAGAGCCAGCAAGCUCAAACUGUCAAUCAAACAUCAACCAAUCACAAGUGUCAUCUACCAUUUCACGUGGUCACUUUUAUUCUCUAUGCCAUAGCAACGCGUGGCGAGAUAAUCGAUCGAUAAUAAUGGCGGACGAAUUUGUCUCUCCCCCUGUGAAAGUGCAAAAACGGAAACGAAACAAGAAGAAAUAUUCCCUUUUCAUCGGCUAUGGCGAUGAAGCAAAGAAAGUUGCUGAUGGUCCUGAUGUUUUGAAGGAUCGUCUCCAUUGUGAAUCAAAUUUUGAACUGCUAAAAUGGAUUAUAAUGGAGAUAAACAAAACUCAUCUCAUUGGGCCUAUUUUAAACCCAGUUGAUAGCCAACAUGACGUCUGAUGUCCAGGGAUUUUGCAGAAUUGCGGCAAUACCAUUUCUGAGCCAGAAGUACAGAAAACAACAACAACAAGUCCAAAUGUAGACAUCUUUUGAUAGGGGUUAUGUUGUUGCAAAAAGAUAUUUGUUUUUGAUACGUUUUGUUAGUACCAUUUGCCACAUGCCAAAAGGUUUUUGCAAUGCCAAAAUGUUUUUUUGUUUCCCUGUUUAGCUUUGCAAAUAACACUUGUAACAAAAUCUGCUUGUUAUUAAGAUGGAAUUGUGCACCCUGUCUAAGACCAUGAUUUGUUCAUAUAGCCAUAGGAAAUGUACUUUCAUCAUAUUGUAGAAGUUAUUGUGGAAGGGUAGGUAUUUAUCUAUUGAAAGUCUUAAAGCUAACAGGUGUAAAUUCUUGAGUAAAUUUUUCCCUCAGAACAUCAGUGGACACGCUUUUAAGCCUGAAGGCCUAUCUUUCUGCAAAACAAGCAGACAUCAACCCAAGUGGAAACAAUGAGUAUUACAUCAUUAAUCAAUUAUAUAUAUUUUUCUAGUUCGUAGUGUACGCAGGUAGCUCUACUAUUGGUGUAACAAAAAAUACUCUACCCACCAACACAGGUGACCUGGGCCAAUUUUGUGUUCUAGACCUUAUGCUAAAAUUCUACUCAUCUUACAACAAUAUUUAUGGUUUAUGUAGCCCCUAAAAAGUGUAUAUAAAAGAUGACUAUUUCAAGCUCCUUCACCCAUGUUGAACAGGUAUACAGGGUUUAGCAAAGUUUUAGCAUUUUUACCAACCUUCCUAAUAUUGCAUGAUAGAGUAUCUUAUUCUAAUUCAUUCCUAAAUUUAUUUUAUUUAUUCUAGGCUAGAAAUAGUAAAAAAUGAUGAUGUGUUGAAUGAAGAGGAGGAUUCUCAAGAUGAUAAUUUUCUGGAAGAGUAAGGCCUUACUGGGAUUACUGUACACACUCCACUAAGAUUAUUGUAUAUAUCUGAUCUUUUGAGCUUCCCAGAUGUGGGUUUCACCAAAGUAUUAUUUUUCUUGUCAUACAGUGGUUUUUUCAAUACAGUCCUCAAGGAUACUUUCAUUUGUCAAAUGAUUUAAUAACUAUGUCAAUGUAUGCAAACAAUUGCAAAGUUAGCUGUAUUCACCAUUAACUCAUUUUUUCAGCAUGUUGACAAGUAUCCCACAAUUUGACAUUGUGCAGUCAACACCAAUAAGGACAGCUGAAUUCAAGGCAGUUGAUGACGACGAGCUUGUGCCUGAAGAGUCUUUUCUUAAAGAGGCUGUAGAAGAAGAAGAGACAACCGAGAGUAUGUCAAAUUCAGCAGAGGAUAACUUUACCAGCCAUGAUCAUUUCCAAUCUGUCUCAUAUGGUGAUAUUGGUGACGAAAUAAAGGCUGUCGCAGAGCCUAAGUGCUUUGUAAUAAUGAUGCAACUGAAAGUGCUCCUUGGUGACAAAUGCCAAGUUCAACAUUGCAGCAAAGCUAUAACAUCGAUUGAAGACAAAAUGUGUGGGUAUUGUGUUAAGCUGGUUUGGUUUUGUGAAAUGGGACUCAGAGGAGUAUGGUAUUCUAGUGGUUUCUAUGCUGCUGGUUUUGCAAUCAACUAUGUCAUUGAAGGUGCAUUACUCUUGGUUGGUGGCUCCAUCACACAAUUCAAACGAUUUUGCAAGUUCAGCAAUCUUGGUUCCAGCAGCACUACCUCCUUUUACACCAAUCAAUGUCUCUGUGUUUCGCCAACAGUAGAUCAGGAAUUCAAUGAGGAACGAGACAGGAUCAUCAAGGAAGUUCAGUGUAGAAAUUUAAAAGUUACCAUCUGUGGCCUUUUUGCCUCGAAGGGAACAUACACCUUGAUGGAUUAUGAAAGUAAAAAGCUCCUAACAAUGGAAUGUGUUGAUAAGAGAGAAGUCAAUCUAAAAUCUACCCAGUUAACUUGGUUGGCUACCAAUUGCAGAAAGACGGGAAUUCAAUCUAUUAAAACUGACUUUCAAGGCAAUUCACAACACUUACUGGCCUACAAUUAAUGCACUCGAUCUGCAAACUUGUAACAGAGUACUGUGAAGUAGUAACGAAACUCGUAUAAGGCCAUCACUAAUGGCAGAUACUUUUGAAGAUGCCGCUGCAAAGUCCUUUAAUGCCUUACCUGAAUCAAUGAAAUCUCAGUCUUGCUUUACGACAUUUUGUUCCAACUUAAGAGGCAUUUAUUUGAAAAAGCGAGCAACAAAUUGGACUAAAAAACAUUAUUUCUUCUUUUUUUUAUAAUUAUGUAACUGUUGUUAACUUUUGAUCCUGUAAUUUGACUUUGCACGACACUUGUAGUGGAUAUGCUCGAUUGUACCAUUAUUAUUAUUAAUAUUAUUUUUAUUAUUAGUUAGAGGUUCAUCUUUUUAUGAAAUGCAUGCAUUGAAUUCUUGAAAAACUUGAUGGGCUUGUGGAUGAAGUUUGUACUGAUGCAGACACUAGUAUUUUAUCUUUAAUGAGUAAGUGGCAAAUGCAAAUAUAUUUUUAAAGAAACAAAAGUAUACUGGCCAAUCAACAAAACAAUUUGUGUUUACAGUAGAUCUCAUUGCAAAUAGUACUUAUAAUAGCAUAGUAAAAAAAGAAGCUGAAACACAAAAUGUUCCAUUUUAAUUAGAUUUCCUAAAAUACUUUCCUAUUAUAGGAAAGGUUUAUCAACAUGGCUUAUAGUAGAAGUUUAGUUGAGUUGGUAACUGUAAUAUAGCAUUGCUUAAUUUCACACAUGCUAAUCAAUAUGGCUAACUGAUAAGAAAAAACAGCAACCUAGACCUGUGCUUGCUACCAAGCUACCACCUAGUUUUCAUUGACUGAUCUUAGAGGUGGAUCUCUAUCAUCUGACAGUGUCCUGCCAAGAUAUUCUAAAAUUUUAAACAAUACAAUUUGUCAAGAUGUCAAGAUGUCUAUGCCUAAAUUGUGUUUCAUAUGUUCACAUUUGCCAUUGCUAGAUUUUUUUGACCAAAGUAAGAGGCCUGUUUUAUAAAAGUGUUUUGGAUUUUUCUACAGGAAACAUGACUUUUAUAUCUCCAUUGAAGCACAGUCUUGAUGUUUGGCACAAAGCAACUAAACUUUCUUCAAAGCUUGGACAGGUAUAUUUAUGAUACUGUGCAGCUAUAAAAUUGUGUGACUUCAAGGCCAUCUGCAUUGUCAACAGCUGCCUUCCUCAGAGCAUAGUUUGCACAUCCUUAGAGUGAACACGGACCUGGUGGAACAUGGAUUCAACAUCUGCCAUCAGUGCCACUGAUUCUUGACGGAAUUGGAGUAGAACGCCAACAAGUGAAUUCGUAAAAUCAGGGCCUUGCAGUACAUUGCCACUGAUUAAUCACAUUGUGAUGUGGGAGAUACCAUACUGCUCCAUCAUUUCUACUGAUCUGAUCUUGAGGAACCUUUCUUGCGUGGUCUUUCACCAUGAAGUCAUCAAUAAACUUGGUAUACUUCUCACUGAGGCCAACAUCCCUUGACAACUUCCUCUUCAGGUGUUUCAGUCUGUGCUCCGCCACUGAUUUGUUAUUUGGCAGUCAUGGCUGGAUAUCUCUCCAUGGUAUAACAAGUUGAUAAUGCCCAUCAACAAGUUUGGCUGUGUCAUCAACUACUGCCACUGUCUUCUUAUCUUCCAUCAACAUUGCUUUACAGUUGUCGGUAGCUGAGUGACAAAAAUCAAGAUUGAUGUGCUGCUUGAAAGGUUUCUCUAAUAUGUCGUCAUUUUUGCAUGAAGAAAUAAGAUAGCAUUGCUUACGUUCUUGACCAUACCUCCAAAGUGGGCCAUUAAGCUUCCAUCCAAAUUUCGUCUUCACUGCAUAAGGACCACAAUUUUGUGCUCUUCUAACUGUUGGGAAACUAUGCCUACGUCUUUUGUUUUCUUUUUAGUUGCUUUUAGGGUUUUUAACGGAUUGUUGAACCAUUUGUUAACGCUUAACGUAUUUUAAAUAGUGCUUUCAACGCCUUUUAUUUUAUUGAGUCACGCUGUUAGAUGCUUUGUUAAUUUGCCUUUUGUAUUAGCAUGGCAUGAUUCGAGUCAAGUGUAUGAUGUGAUCAGACGUAAAAUCUUACAAAACUCGCCUUUUUCUUCGGAGUGCUUCUUGAUCAAUGUAAGCAAAAGAAUUUCAGCAAGAGUUGAAAAAGAGUACCAACAGAUGGUCCACCGGAGUCGGAGGCAUUGAAUCAAGAUGGAAAGUUUGGAAAAAGCGAAGAAAAGGAGAAAAAUAUUCCGGACGAGUGUCACGAAGACCGCAAAUAAAGUAAAAGAAUUGGUAGAGGACAGCGAGUCUAUCGAAGAGGGAACAUUGGAAUAUUUAAAAGCCGAGCUUAAAGAGAAACAAACGGAGAUAAAAAAGAGUGAUGAAGAAAUUUUGGAAUUGCUUUUAGAGUAUGUUGAAGAGGAAGAGCAAUUGGAUAAAGAAAUGGACGAAGUUGGGGAAUACAAGAUUUUGAAUGCUAUUUAUUCGAUAAACUGCCUUUUGAAUACCAAAGAAGAACCAAAGAACAGCAUCGCGAGGAGUGUAUCGAAGGACAGUUUAAAUUCGGAAGUAUCAAGUUUGUCCCCAAGUUCGAGAAAUGUCACAAGAAAAACCGUUGUGAAACUGCCUAAAUUGGAAUUACAGAAAUUCACGGGGAAAAUACACGAGUGGCCGGAAUUCUGGGAUGGUUUUCAAAGUGUACACAAGAAUCCAGAUUUGGCAGCGUGUGAUAAGUUUAAAUAUUUGAAGAGUUUUUUAGAAGAAUCUGCUUGAAUGUGCUAACAGGAAUGCCCAUGACAGACGAAAAUUAUGACAUCGCUGUCAACCUUCUGAAGAAAAGAUUUGGCAAACAGGAAGUAAUACAGCAGGCCCACAUUAGCCACCUCCUGGGGCUCCACCCUGUUUACAACGACAAAGCCGUCAGCCGAUUGCGCAAUCUGCACGACGAAAUCAAGACACAUUAUCGCGGGCUCGAGGCUCUUGGUGUCAACAAUUCCUCGUUUUCUGCAAUUGUCGUGCCAACGCUUCUUGAAAAGGUACCGGAAAAUAUCAGGGGUCAGAUGAUUAGGAGUUCGGACAAAAAUUAUUUGAAGUUGACGAUAGAUGAAUUACUAUGUGCCUUUGAAAAAGAAAUCUCGAUAAAAGAGUGCCAAAUGCCUCUGGGAAGUUUGGGGGGCGGAAAAGAUUUGACAAGCCGAGCCAAUAACAACAACAUUAGGCCCAGAAGCAACUUCAACAAGGAGGGAACUGUCUCGUCGCUACUGGUUGGUGAAAAGGCAAACAGUUGUGUUUUCUGUAUGAGAGACCAUGCUUCUGAAACAUGCACCAAUGUUUUGGGAGCGGAAAACCGGAAGAAUGUGCUAAGAAGAUGUGGUGAAUGUGCCUAUGGUAUCUUUUGAUGGAAAGAGGAAGAUUGAAAUUGAAUGUUUUGUUGUCAGUAACAUUUCUCAUAUUAAGAAUGUUCACCCAGAAGUUGUAAAGAAAUCUUAUACCCAUUUGCAUAAUAUAUGGUUUUCAGAUAUUUCUAGGUUGGAAUCAUUAACAAUUGAUGUUUUAGUUGGCUCAGACUGGCUAUGGAGUUUUAUGGAUGGUGAAGUUAAACGAGGGGGGGCCAGGUGAACCUGUGGCCAUCAAGACUGCAAUGGGAUGGGUGCUGUCAGGCCCAUUACAAGGUAAGAAAUCAGAUUUUAAUGAGUCAAAUUUCAACUUUAUGUCUGAAUCACCAAUUUUGCUUUUGAAAUGUGACAGAUCUGCAUUAGAAGAUAAAAUUCAGAAGUUGUGGGACCUUGAAACAAUUGGAAUUCGUGAAAGAAAUGAAGUACAUGAGACCCUGUUAGACAACAUCACUUUCAAUGGCGAACGAUACUUCGUUGGUCUACCAUGGAAGGCAGGUAAUAAAGUUUUACCUACAAACUUUGACAAUGCUUUAGCCAGAUUUAACAGCCUUAUUAGAAAACUUAAGAAAGACCCUUCUACACUGCAAAAAUAUGAUGAUAUAAUAAAAGAGCAGGUUGAAUUAGGUAUUGUUGAACAAGUAUCAGAAAUGGAUGUCACUGAAAAGGUACACUACCUUCCCCACAUGGCUGUAGUGAGAGAAGAAGCAGAGACAACAAAAGUUAGGGUUGUCUAUGACGCAUCCUGCAAAGACAAAAAAUUUGGUACCUCUUUAAAUGAUUGUCUGCAUGCAGGCCCGUCUCUCUCACCUUUAAUUUUUGACAUUUUGCUUCAUUUUCGUGAAAGUAGGGUAGCUCUUGUAGGAGACAUAGAGAAGGCUUUCCUCAACAUUGAGAUUAACCAAGAAGACAGAGAUUGUUUGAGGUUUCUAUGGUUAGAUGGUAUAAACAAAACAGAGCCUAAAAUUUGCAUCAUGAGAUUCAGACGUGUUGUUUUUGGUGUAAAUUCAUCGCCCUUUCUCCUGAACGCUGUUUUGCGACACCACAUUGGUAAGUAUCAAAAUGUUGAUCCAAAUUUUGUAUCAAAGUUGACAGAAAGCUUUUACGUUGAUGACCUAGUUACAGGUACAAAGAAUGUCAAUGAAGCAAGAUCGCUAUAUUUGAAUGCAAAGGAAAGAAUGCAAGCCGGGGGGUUCAGACUCCGAAAAUGGAAAAGCAGUGAUCCCACUCUAAACAGUGAGAUUAAAGAAGAGACCAAAUCAGAAGAAAAACACAGUGUAGCUGAAGAUUCCACCUAUGCAAAAGAAAGCCUUAGGGGUGCAAGUGCUGAAGGUAAGAAGAGUAAGGUUUUAGGGGUAAUAUGGGACAAUAUGACUGAUAGAUUGGAAUUUGACUUUACUAGGAUGUGUGACAAGGUAAACAAAUAUCAUCCUACAAAGAGAGGUGUUCUGAGUGUUUUAGCAUCUCUUUUUGAUCCUCAUGGUAUUUUAAGUCCUGUGGGUGUAACUGCUAAGAUUUUGUUUCAGGAUCUGUGUAAGUUAAAUGUAGGUUGGGAUGAGCCUAUACCAGACUUAUUGACAGCAACAUGGAAAUUAUGGCUAGAGGAUCUUGAAAGGGUGCAAAAUAUCAGUUUACCAAGAUGUCUUUAUGAUGCUGAUAGUGACAAAGUAAGAUCUGUAGAAAUUCAUGCAUUUGGUGAUGCAAGCAGAAAAGCAUACUGCGGGGUGGUAUAUCUGGUAUAUGAAACACCUGAAGGCAUUAAAACAACAUUGCUGUGUUCAAAAAGUAGAGUUGCUCCUUUGAAGGAAAUAACAAUUCCAAGGCUAGAAUUGUUAUCAGCCAAGAUCUUAGCCACUUUGGUAGACACUGUGGUGAAAGCUCUCAGUUCUCAAUUGGAAAUCACAAAUAUAAAGCUAUGGCUAGACAGCAAAACAGCCUUAAGUUGGAUCCAGGGUCAAGGUGAAUGGAAGCAGUGGGUCCAAUUUAGAGUUUCAGAAAUUUUGAAGGUGACAAAUGCAGAUGAUUGGGGAAAUGUGAAAGGAUCAGAGAACCCCGCUGAUAUUGGUUCAAGGGGCACAAAAGUUAGCCAACUAAUGAACAGCAAGUUGUGGUGGGAAGGUCCCCAUUGGCUGAAAGAGAGAAGAGAAAACUGGCCUUCACAAGAGGAAAUUGCUCCAAACUCCGAAGAGGUUAACUGUGAGAGAAAAAAGGUAACAGUAAUGGUAACAACUGUUGAAUAACCUGCUGGGGUAAGUAGCUUAAUCGAUAUCAGCAAGUACAGCACUCUCAAAAGAUUGCUUAGAGUAACAUCAUUCGUUUUCAGAUUUGGUGGAAAUUUAAAGGCAAAGAUAGAAGGAAAAGCUUUGCAGUUAGACAAAUUGAGUGCAGAAGAAAUUAUAAGAGCUGAAAAAGAAUGGGUAAAAGAUGCACAAUCAUUGGUGAAAUGUAGUAAAGUAUUUGAGAAAGUAAGAACGUUAGCAGAACUCAGAGCCAGAUUUUGGGUAACUAAGGCUAGGCAAUUUGUAAAAAAGGUCUUACAUUUAUGUUUUGUUUGCAGGAAAUUGGAAGGAAGACCAUACCAACCACCACCAACAGCCCAAAUGCCAGACUUCAGAGUAAAAGAAUCUAUUCCAUUUGCAAAUGUUGGGAUUGACUUUGCAGGCCCGUUAUAUGUGAAAAGUAAAAAACAAGCCACAAAGAAGGUAUAUAUUUGUUUAUUCUCAUGUUGCGUGACUAGAGCCCUGCAUCUAGAGUUAGUUGAAGAUUUAUCUACUCCUACAUUCUUGAAUUGUUUGAGGAGAUUUUGUGCAAAAAGGGGGCACACCAGAAGUAAUUAACUCUGAUAACGCCAAGACAUUUAAAUCAACUUCAAAGUUUUUGAAGAAACUUCAUGGAGACAGGAAUGUGCACACUUUUCUAGAAUCAAAAAGAAUUGACUGGAAAUUCAACCUUGAGGUAAGUCCUUGGCAAGGGGGGCACUUUGAAAGAAUUAUAAGAAGUGUUAAGAGAUGUCUGCGUAAAGUACUUGGAAAUGCUAGAGUGACUUCUGACGAAUUACGUACGGUUUUGUCGGAGGUAGAAUGUAUUCUUAACAACAGACCUUUGACAUAUUUAUAUGAUGAGGUGGAUGGAGAAGUGUUAACUCCAUCACAUCUAUUGGUAGGUAGAAGAUUAAGCAUGCUUUCAACAGGUAUUGGUUGUAAAUUGAGAUUUGAUGAAGACGAUCUUCAUUCAUCACAUUGUAAGCGCUUUUCUUACUUAACCAGAUUGUUGAAUAGUUUUUGGACUAGGUGGAAGAAGGAAUACCUCAUAGAUCUGAGAGAAUCUCACCGAAUGAGCAAGAACAACCCAGCAAACAUUAAUGCAGGAGACAUUGUAGUAGUGCAAGACGAAAAUCUUAAGAGAGGUCGAUGGAAAAUUGCAAACGUCAAGGAUGUAAUUCGGGGUAAGGAUGGUCACAUACGCGGUGCCAAGGUAUGCAAAGCUGGAAGAGGUAAGUAUGAGCCUUUAACUAGACCAAUUCAAAAACUGUAUCCUUUAGUGAGUGGAAAUGGAGCUAUGAGUAAGGAGGAUGGAGUGAAAAAAGAGAAUUUCUCAGAGAAUAAGGAGAAUGAGAGGUCCGCAGGGGAGCGACCCAUAAGAGCUGCAGCAAACAACGCGCGUCUUAAGAUGCUACAGUUACUUGAUGCAUAGGAACAUGCGCCAAGGAGGGGGGGUGUGUUGGGAAACUAUGCCUACGUCUUUUGUUUUCUAUUUAGUUGCUUUUAGGGUUUUUAACGGAUUGUUGAACCAUUUGUUAACGCUUAACGUAUUUUAAAUAGUGCUUUCAACGCCUUUUAUUUUAUUGAGUCACGCUGUUAGAUGCUUUGUUAAUUUGCCUUUUGUAUUAGCAUGGCAUGAUUCGAGUCGAGUGUAUGAUGUGAUCAGACGUAAAAUCUUACAAAA